AAUUAAUCGAAGAAAAAAGAAUCCCUUUAAACUAAUGUGUUGCGUAGAAUUCUAUAUUAUUUAUUAUUGCGUAUUUAUCUACUAGUGUAAACAUUGACUAAACUAUAUAUCCUUGUUUUGUUUUGAAAAAAUGCAUAUAAAAAGAUAUUUAACAUAUUAAGGGAAUAAAUAUUUAGCAUUUUCUAAAAAAAAAUUAUACACUUCAGUCAAGUUUGAAUGAAGUUGUUGAAUAUUGAGCAGUUAUUAAUAUUAUUCCUACAUUUAGUUAGUUGGUCUAAAUGUCUUGGAAAUACAAUUCUGUUAGCAAAAGAAAGUGAAAAAUAUCAACAACAAUUACAAAGACCUAUUGAAUAUUAUGCUGAUAGUAGUUUGCUACAACAAUCUAAUGGUCUUAUGGGUGGUGAGUAUUAUUAUUAUCAUGUGGAACCUUACACCGGUAGUAUUGAAGGUGAAAUCGUUACGCCAACUGAAUAUCAUCCAGAAAUAGAAUAUCAAGCUUAUAAUGAUGUCAGUGGUGUACAUUAUGUACCAGUUGUCUAUGACAAUAAAUAUGUUAGUUAUGUUGACGGAAAUAAUGAACAGCAAAGCUAUACACCACAAGAAUAUGUAGUUGAAUAUUCUCAGCAAUAUCCAACUCAUCAGUAUGAAACAUAUACACCUGCGCAAUAUGAAGUUGUAAGCUCUGUGGAUUACCCAAGUCAAAGCUAUGAAAGAUAUACACCAAAUGUAUAUGGCACAGAAAGCGUUGAACAUCAUCCAGGAAAUAAGCAAAAAGAGUAUGGACCAGAGGUAGUUGAGGUCAAAGAUACUGAAUAUUAUUCAGAUUAUGCACAUCAAAAGUAUACACCAAAAGAAUAUGAAGUAGGUGUUGAAUAUUACCCAAACUAUGCUCAUGAGACGUAUACACCGGAUCAGUAUGAAGUAAAACGUAUUGAUAGUUACGCCAUACACAAACCGCAAAAAUAUCAACGAAGAGACAUCAACAAUUACAAUAUCUACCAUCAGCGACGAAUUCCUUACAAUAUGCGUACUAGCCUUAGCAAUAGAGAUUACAGCUAUGAUGACUAUGCUGAAGAAAAGUAUAGUCAAAAUGAACAGGUGCCAGAUUACUACAACUUACCAUUAGCUUCAAAUAAACAUGAGACGUAUACACCGGAUCAGUAUGAAGUAAAACGUGUUGAUAGUUACGCCAUACACAGACCACAAAAAUAUCAACGAAGAGACAUCAACAAUUACAAUAUCUACCAUCAGCGACGAAUUCCUUACAAUAUGCGUACUAGUCUUAGCAAUCCUAAAGGAAAUGGAGAUUACAGCUAUGAUGAUUAUGCUGAAGAAAAGGAUAGUCAAAAUGAACAAGUGCCAGAUUACUACAAAUUGUCAUUAGCUUCAAAUAAACACCAAAAGUAUAUACCGAACAAAGUGAAUAAUUUAUAUGAUUACCUACCAAUAGAUGAUAAAUUGUAUGUGUUUUAUCCAAUAGACAUGAAGGAAUCUCAAUAUAAAGCAAAAAAAAUUUAUGCAAAUCCUUAUGAUUAUAUCCCUCAACCAUCAAUUAGAGUAACAGCAGAAAAAAAGAAAAAUGGUCGUUUCAAAAACUUAUUUCCGAAAACAUUUCAACGUUAUCGGCAAUUGAAGUAUGAAAAUAUUUACAAAUCUGAUAACUAUCAACAAAAUUAUCUUUAUCAACGUAAUACACCUUCAAAGUACUAUUCAGAACACUCAAAACCUUUUUAUAAUUCAGAAACGCAUAAAGUGAAAUAUAAACCGGUAAGCAGUUAUAAUCCAUCGAUUGGUUACAAAACACAAAGUAAUUAUAACCAUGACAAAGAAUCCUACAAUAAUAAUAAUAAUAAUCAUAAUAAUGAUAAUAAUAAUAAUGUCAAUAUUAACAAUUAUUAUGCACAGAAAUAUCAUGCACCAAAACGUUUCAGUCAUAAUGGUGGAUAUUCAGAUUUACUGCAUUACAGUCUACUUGAUUUCGGUAGUUCCGAAAAAACAACAGAUUAUGAAGAAUUUAUUUCAUAUCAUCAUAGUGGACAUCAAGGACCAAAGGGGAAACUUAAGAAUUAUUCAUGUUAUGACAUUUAUAGUAGAAUGAAACAUUCGGAUAGGUCAAGAGUUGGGAGAGAAAUAAGAAAACCAAAGGAUAGAAUAAAUAAUUAUGAAUAUAAUGGUUGUCAUCCUCAUGGUGUAAAGUAUAAAAGAGAUUCAUCUAACAGAUAUCCAAACGAUUAUCGGUAUACGGAAGAACAACGAAGCAAACUAAAUAAACAUUAUGCUGAUAAUGGAUAUCAUGUAAGACAACAAUAUGAAUAACAUAAAUAUUGUCGGCGUUAUGGUUACUAGUCAAAACUAACAAAUAAUAAAACAAUGAAAUUUAUUAUAAUUUUGAUCUUUCCUAAUAAAUGGAUUCAAUUAAUGUCUACUCUGUAUUUAAAUAUGUGUUAUUUUUCUUUAAACGUUUAACUUAUUAUCAUAUAUGAAGAGAAAACAUUUGAAUAGUUUUUCAAAGAAUGAAACAUCUAACUGAUGAAUAUUUGAAGUUGUUAAUCAGCUUAUCUUUCUACAGCUUGCAGUUUUUCUUUGGCAUCUACAACUUAAUGAAGAAAUGUGUUAGAUACAUGGUAUGUAAAAUAUCAGCAUUAGAAUCUUAAAGAGAAGCAAAUAAAUAUCAUUUCAUUCAUAUGAAUAAGAUUAUAUUAUUAUAUUAUUAGUCCCUUGGGUUCCUAAUGGAACAUAGGGCUGCAGUAGCACG